AUGUCUACUCAUGUCCAGGACUUCGCCUCUUCGGGGGACGUUCCGGCGGAAGUGACCGCAGCCAGGCUGUCUUCUGACAACGAUAACGCCGCCGCCCAUGGUGAGGAGGAGACCAAGCCGUCAGAUGGCGACAGUAGCCCUGUUGAUGGCAAGGAGAACAUGCCCCUGGCCGAAACUGCAGUACCUAAGAAGAAGAAAAGAUCCAAGAAGAGCAAGGGUCAGAAGAAGCGCCCCACUGGCUUUGAAGAGUACUUUUGCGACCCCCCUAUUACGCCAGCCGAGUACGAGGAAGAGAGGAAGUCCAUCUACCCACCCAGCCGACCGUUCGUUGACCGCAUCGAGGAAUGUAUUCAACGCUACCGUGCCCGUCGUCGCUUCGAUAGCGCGAAGGAGAACUUAUUCAGCAGAUAUCUGUUCUUGGGCGGCAUCGAUACUACUACUCGCCAGUUUCAGGGUACCGCGUCGCUUACCAGCCGUGACUUGGAUGGCUUGGACAAGGACGACAUCCGUGAUAUCGCGGCCAACGAUUAUGUGCAGCGCAAGCCUGGUAUGCAUGCUUCUCGCUACUAUAAUCCCAACAAGCCGGAGCACUGGGAUGUCGAUUUUACCGGCGUGGCCGCUGGAUUCUUUUCCGAGACCCUGAUGCGUCUGACUACCCCCGGAGCAGCAGACUAUGCUGCCGGUGUAGAUCUUGUAUCCAACUUCCUCAAGUACGUUGAUCUUCACGACGUUUGUCCUGAGUACGCCGAGGACAUCAAGAAUGCUCAAAAGAUCUGUCAAAAGGCUCGUGAGGAAAUGCCUUUGCUCGUCCAGACCCUCCUCCUCCUCCCAGGUAAUUUCAGUUUCGCCGCCCGUCGCGUUACCUGCGAGGACGACGAUGACAUGGCUUGGGCACGUGAAUUGAUGGACGAGAAAGCCGCCCGCCAGAAUAUCGGCAUUGUGAUGUCCAUUCUCAUGAGCUCCAAGUGCGGCCACGAAAACGGCAUCAGAUUCAAAGAGCUGGCCGGGUUUCCGACCGUCACCAAGACCAUCACCCAGCAGGCGUACGAGGUGGUGAGCAUCGUUUUGCCCAACGACGAGUGCCACGCCAAGUUCAAGAGCAUCAACAAGUACCUUGGUGAUGCCAACGCGAUCAAACCCUGUGGCUUCUUUCAGGUGAAACCUUCCGUUAUUCGCGACGGUUGGGAGAACACAAUGCACAACACGGUAGAGGAUGUUACCUACAAUCUGGUAAUGGAGGAGGAGAUCUUGGCCCUGAUGAAGGUUGGCUUCAAGUUCAAGAUGGACAUCUGUCUGCUGAACUACGGCGUCGGAUUCAUCAAGAAUUCGGUGGACGGCUAUCCAACCUUUUACGAGUUCCUACCCCAGGAGCUUAUGUGGGGUUAUAAGGAGCCGGUGGUGAAUCCCAGACCGGGCCCGAGUAUCCACAACCCUACCGGAUCGUUCGAGGGCGGUGAUGGCAUGGGCGACUUCUUGAACGCUGACCUAGAGGAUGAUGCCCCGGAGGUUGAUGCUUCCCCGGUUAAUGCUUUCCCGGUCGAUGGUGCCCCGGUCGGUAGUGCCCUGGUUGACAACGCCCCGGUUGGUUCUGCAUUCGGAGAUGAUGAAAUUGAGUGGGCACUUUAG